AUGGCUUCUCCGUCCAAAGGCAAUGACCUGUUUUCGUCUGAUGAGGAGGGCCCAGCGAUGGUGGCCGGACCGGGCCCGGGGCCUGGGGGCGCCGAAGGGGCAGCGGAGGAACGCCGCGUCAAGGUCUCCAGCCUGCCCUUCAGUGUGGAGGCGCUCAUGUCGGACAAGAAGCCGCCCAAGGAGACGUCCCCGCGGCCAGCCGAAAGCGCCUCCGCCGGGGCCACCCUGCGGCCGCUUCUGCUGCCUGGCCACGGCGUCCGGGAAGCUCACAGCCCCGGGCCGCUGGUCAAACCCUUCGAGACCGCCUCGGUCAAGUCGGAAAAUUCAGAAGACGGAGCGGCGUGGAUGCAGGAACCGGGCAGAUACUCGCCGCCGCCAAGACACAUGAGUCCUACCACCUGCACCCUGAGGAAACACAAGACCAAUCGGAAGCCGCGCACACCCUUUACCACGUCCCAGCUCCUCGCUCUGGAGCGCAAGUUCCGCCAGAAACAGUACCUCUCCAUCGCAGAGCGGGCAGAGUUCUCCAGCUCUCUGAACCUCACAGAGACCCAGGUCAAAAUCUGGUUCCAGAACCGAAGAGCCAAGGCGAAAAGACUGCAGGAGGCAGAACUGGAAAAGCUGAAAAUGGCUGCAAAACCUAUGCUGCCCUCCGGCUUCAGCCUCCCUUUCCCCAUCAACUCUCCCCUGCAAGCAGCAUCUCUAUACGGUGCAUCUUACCCUUUCCAUAGACCUGUGCUCCCCAUCCCACCCGUCGGACUCUAUGCGACACCAGUGGGAUAUGGCAUGUACCACCUAUCCUAA